AUGGGGUUGUUAAUUAUGAUGAAUGGCCAAAUGGGUAUUUCUAGUUCUGUAAAAAAUGAGACUUUUACUUUAGAUUAUUGGUGUCAAGGGUUUCCAUUAUUGAAAUCUUGCAAACCCCUUUUUGGUGCUCAUUUGAAGAGUAAGAAUGUGAAAAGGGUUAGAUGUGUUGUUGUGAGGAAGAGUUGUUGUGGGAGAAUUUAUGUUGUGGUGAAAGAACAGUCUGAUAAGAGGGUGGUUGGAAGUGAAGGUGGGGCUAUUGAGAAUGAGUUUGAGUUUAAGCCGUCUUUUAGUGAGUAUUUGAAGGCUAUGGAGUCAGUUAAAAGUAACCAAGGGAUGCAACAAGCUAGUAAGUUGGGUAGAGAUAGAAUGAGGGAUGUUUUAAAGGGAAAGUAUAUGUCAAAAACAGCGUGUUUAGGGAGAGAUGAUGAAACAGUUAAAUUGAUGGAUAAAAAAGUGAUUUCAAAAGAUGUUGGGUGUGAAGGGUUGGGUGGAAAUGGUGAUGGAGUAGCUCUGGGUGAAGGUGCUGAUAGAGGUAAGUUUCAUUGUGAGGGGAACCUAAUUAGAAAGACAAGGGAUAAAUUUAGUGGCAACAAGAGCUGGGUAGAUGCGAAGGUGAAGAGGACAUUGAAAGGGGAGAUAGAUGGUAGAAGAGGGUUGCAUUAUCAAAAUAAUACUAUAGAGCCAGAGUUAAAAGACUCUUAUGCUUUGAAGGGAAAGUAUAUGUCAAAAAUAGCAUCUUUGGGGAGAGAUGAUGAAAAGUUUAAAUUGAUGGAUGAGAAAGUGAUUUCGGAAGAUGUCAGGUGUGAAGAGUUGGAUAGAAAUGGUGAUGGAGUAGCUCGGGGUGAAGGUGCGGACAAAGAACCAGAGUUAAAAGACUCUUAUUCUGAUAAGGGUAAAAAGUUACAGAAAGCACGAGAUAAUCCUGUGGUAUUGCUCGAUGAUAAUGGGAGUGCUAGUAGUGGUAAUAUAACAGCAGGCCUAGUUCAUGACAAAAUUUCCUCAGAAAUGUUUGAAACAAAAGGGGAAAACUUUGAAAAGGACAAAGUUGCUGCUAGAAGCCAUGUUGUGAGGAAUCACAUCCAAGUUCAGAAAACUACUGAUGGUAAAUAUCAGCAGAGGAGUGAAAAAUUAACUUAUAGCAGAAACUGCUUCCCUGAAAAAGAUGAUGAAAGAAGUUGGGAGAUGGAAAGAGCUGCCUUCAAGUUUGUGGAAGAAGGAAAUGAUUUUAUGGGCAAGCCAAGAGUUGCACGGGUGGAUAUGGAGGAGAGAAUUCAGAAACUAGCAAGGCAGUUAAAUGGUGCAGAUAUUGAUGUGCCUGAGUGGAUGUUCUCUAAGAUGAUGCGGAGUGCGAGGAUCAGAUUUUCAGAUCAUUCUAUAUUGAGGGUUAUCCAGAUAUUGGGUAAAUUGGGAAACUGGAGGCGGGUUCUACAAGUAAUUGAGUGGCUGCAGAUGCGAGAACGCUACAAAUCCCACAGGCUCAAAUUCAUUUACACGACUGCAAUUAAUGUACUUGGAAAGGCAAGGAGACCUGCGGAGGCACUCAAUGUAUUUCAUGCAAUGCAGCAACAAAUGUCCUCAUAUUUAGACUUGGUGGCUUAUCACAGCAUUGCUGUCACUCUGGGACAGGCUGGGCAUGUUAGGGAACUUUUUGAUGUGAUAGAUACCAUGCGAUCUCUUCCCAAGAAAAAGUUCAGAACUGGAAUACUUGAGGGAUGGGACCCACAACCGGAACCUGAUAUUGUUGUCUACAAUGCGGUCUUAAAUGCUUGUGUCAAGCGGAAAAGCUGGGAAGGAGCAUUUUGGGUUUUGCAGCAAAUAAAAGAAAAAGGUCAGAAGCCUUCUUCUUCAACAUAUGGACUUGUUAUGGAGGUGAUGUUGGCAUGUGGCAAGUACAACUUGGUGCAUGAAUUUUUCAAGAAAGUGCUGGAGUCUUUUAUUCCAAAUGCUUUAGUAUAUAAAGGUAAAAUAGAUGAGGCUGUUUUGGCUGUUCAAGACAUGGAAAGACAAGGAAUUGUGGGCUCAGCUGCUCUUUAUUAUGACCUUGCAAGAUGUCUUUGUAGUGCUGGAAGGUGCCAAGAAGCACUAAUGCAGAUAGAGAAGAUAUGUAAGGUGGCAAACAAGCCUUUGGUGGUGACUUAUACUGGAUUAAUUCAAGCUUGUUUGGACUCUGGGAACAUUGAAAAUGCUGCUGAGAUAUUCAACCAAAUGAAGGAUUUCUGCUCUCUGAAUCUUGUUACUUGCAACAUAAUGCUGAAAGUUUAUCUGGAAAAUGGUUUCUUUGAGGAAGCAAAGAAGCUCUUCCAGCAGAUGUCUGAAGAUAGCAGCCAUUGUAGCCGGGAAACUGAUAACAGGGGUCUAGUGGUACCAGAUAUCUACACAUUCAACACCAUGUUAGAUGCAUGCAUUGUGGAGAAGAGAUGCGAUGAGCUUGAACAUGUAUUUAAAAAAAUGCUGCAGCAUGGAUUCCAUUUCAAUGCAAAACGCCAUGUCCGAAUGAUAUUGGAUGCUUCAAGAGCUGGAAGGGUAGAGCUACUGGAAACAACUUGGAAGCACCUUGCGCAGGUGAACCGGGCACCCCCACCUUCUCUCAUCAAAGAGCGGUUUCGAAUCUUUGUCAAGAAAGAAGACUACAUUUCUGCUCUUUCUUGUAUAACCAGUCAUCCAGUUAGUGAUCUGCCAGAGUUUUCCAAGAUUGCAUGCAUGAAUUUAUUCAAGGAAAUUUCUCGAGGUUUGAAGGACGAUACUCUUGUUCACUUAAUACACAAGGCAAGUAUCCGAACCACUGGAAUUGAUUCAACGAAUUCAGUUUUGCAUAAUCUUAUAUCAUCCUGUAAAGAAUUUUUGAGGACUCACAGCAGAGCUCCUAAAAUAAUAGGUAGACAAACUCUUAAUGCAGGUGCCUGAAACAUGGAAAAAUGUGUAUAUAUAUAUAUAUAUAUAUAUAUAUAUAUAUAUAUAUAAAACAAUAAAGCAUGAAUUGUCACCUUAUCAAGUGAUUUAAUAAUUCAUUAACAUGUACAUUCAUUGAAACGAGACAAGUUGUAGAUAUUGAAAUAAUAUUGUAACUACUGUACA